GCGGGGGGACGGGCGUCACACCGCGGCACGGCUCGGAGCGGCCCAAUAGAGCCCGGUACAGCCCCUGUACAGCCCGGUGCGGAUCGGCAGGGCCAAGUAAAGCCCGGCACAGCCUCGGUAUGGCCCGGUUCGGCUCGCCCCCCCCAGGAUCUGACAUGGUGCAAAUCGUCAUCUCCAGCAGCGGCACCGGGAGCCUGGCACAGUGGGUGCUGGUGGAGCUGCAGGGCGAGGUGGAGCCACGGCAGAGCGGGAGCCUGGCCGGGAGCCUCCUGGGAGAUCUGCACUACACCUGCGAGGGCGUCCCUGUGCUCAUCGUGGGCCACCACAUCCUCUAUGGCAAGGUGGUGCAAUUGGAGAAGCCGUUUGCUGUGCUGGUGAAGCAGGGAGGAGCCCCCCAGCCCAGCCCUGGGGAGCCACAGGGGCACUACACUGUCUCCGCCCUCAUCAAAACCAAACUGCUCUUCAAAACCCGCCCCAAGCCCAUCAUCACCCACGUGCCCAAGAAGGUGUGAGGGGGAUGGAUGGGGGCUGUGAACUUCAUUCUGCUGCUGGGAAGAGCAGCAAGGACUGAGAAAGAUCCAGGACCUCAUCCCUGUCCUGCACAGGGAACUCUCAAGGUGAUGAGUUCUGUGUCUGGGCACCCUGAGCCCUUCCUGGGUCACUUGUCCCCCCAAAAUGACUCUUUUCUGAGAACCAUAGAUGCUGUGGGUCACUCCAGGGGACAUGGUUCCUGAGGGGCAGGGACCUCCUGUGAGCCCAUGCAGGGAUGUCCUAUCUGAGGGCUGCCCUCAGUGCCUGAACUCAGCAGUUCCCAGGGACCCACGGAGGUGCCAGCAUGGAGAUGUCCCCCUCUACCCCUCCCUGCAUCUGCGGGGACACCAGUGCCAGACAGGGACUCAGCCCCAGUCUCCCUCAAAUCAGGGCAGGGGGACCAGGAACCCUCCCCAAAACACAGCACACAUCCUUGAUGCGAGUCUUUAUUUCCACAACUCCAUCAGGAUAUAAAAACAUUUUUUCCCCUAAAAUAUGAAAAGAAUCCCCCUGGCAGGUUCAAAAAUAAAUAGAUUUACAAACCAUCCAUGACAAUACCAAAGAGCUACAAAAGUCU